AGAUUUGUUGUGAGUAAUAGUCCAUGCAGCCUAGCUCAUCCAACUUAAUCUUCUACACAAUUUCCAGUGAACCUCAGACUUUUAGGGUUUAAGCUCUGCAUCUAAAACCCCCACAGCGAAUGAUUCAGCUCACCAAUGGCGAUUUCAAGUUUAGGGUUUGCUUGCCGACCCAAUUUCAACCUCCGCACUCCCACCUUUCAAUGCAUUGGCAAGGUUCAAUUGAACUUGGUUGCGGCCAUGGAGGCGAUUGAUGAGCAAGAGGGUCGCUCUAAGGACAACAAGACCAAUGAUUCGGCCAGUGGAAUGAGCAAUUUUUGUUGGGAUGAAGGAGAUGGGAAGGCACCACAGUGGAAGAAGCUGAAUUCGAAAGAGGUUGGGAUUAGUAGUUCUAUGAUUGACAAGCCGACCCGAAAGGUUUUGAAUGGGCUAAAGCGAAAGGGGUUUGAGGUAUACCUUGUAGGAGGUUGUGUAAGGGAUCUUAUCUUAAAACGCACGCCAAAGGACUUUGACAUUUUAACUUCAGCUGAAUUGAGAGAGGUGACUAGAACAUUUUCUUGGUGCCAAGUAGUUGGAAGGCGGUUUCCUAUAUGUCAUGUGCACAUUGGUGAUACGGUAGUGGAGGUUUCCAGUUUUAGCAUCAGCGCACGAAGCUUUGGUAGGAACUCAAGAAGUGAUUUUAAAAAACCUGUACGCUGUGAUGACAAGGAUUUUAUGCGUUGGAGCAAUUGUUUGAAGCGUGACUUUACAAUUAACGGGUUGAUGUUUGAUCCUUAUGCAAGGAUAGUGUAUGACUACUUGGGAGGAAUAGAAGAUCUUAGAAAAGCUAAAGUCCAAACUGUUGUACCAGCAAGUAGUUCAUUUCGAGAGGAUUGUGCUCGCAUUCUACGUGCCAUAAGAAUUGCUGCUCGUUUAGGAUUCCGUAUUUCGAAGGAAACAGCUAAUUCUAUUAAAAAUUUAUCCUACUCAAUUCUUAGGCUUGAUAAGGGAAGGAUCCUCAUGGAAAUGCAUUAUAUGAUGGCGUAUGGUUCUGCUGAAGCUUCCCUCCGAUUAUUAUGGAAAUUUGGACUUCUGGAACUACUUCUACCCAUCCAGGCAGCAUAUUUUGUUCGCCAUGGAUUUCGAAGACGAGACAAAAGGUCUAACAUGCUUUUGUCCCUUUUUUCUAACUUAGAUAAACUUCUUGCACCUGACAAGCCAUGCCACAGUAGCUUAUGGAUUGCAAUCUUAGCAUUCCACAAAGCACUCUCCGAACAGCCUCGAGAUGCGUUGGUGGUUGCUGCAUUUACCCUUGCUGUUCACAAUGGUGGAGAUAUGUCAGAAGCAGUGGACAUAGCCAGGACUAUCACUAAACCACAUGACGGUAGCUUUCAUGAAUUAUUAGAACCGAAGAGUUUGGACUCUGAAGCAUAUAGUAAAGAGGUUAAGGAUCUGGAGGCAUGUUUUAGGCUGGCACUCGAUCAUAUGACUGAUCAGCAAAUUGUCUCAGAGGCCAUGGCAGCGUACCCACAAGCACCGUUUUCUGAUCUGGUAUUUAUACCAUGGGGAUUAUCUUUGAGGGUCUCCCAGAUUUUCAACUGUGUAAAAGUGGGUGGGAAGCUGGGAUUUGUGGCAAAGCAAGGAAGCAAGAUUGACUACGAGUCAUUAGCUCAGGGCAGCCUGCCAGAGGUUCGGCAUAUUUUUGCAAGAGUCGUGUUUGAUACCAUAUAUCCUCUUUAGACUAGAUCUUGAUCAUUCUCGUAUAUGAAAUGCUUGAUUGUGAGAAAAUUUUGUAACAUCAAUCAUAAUAUAUACAAGGGAAAUAAGUUUUUUUGUUUU